CUGGGAGAACAGACCCAGAGUGUGGCAUGGGUUGGAUAUUAGGAAAAAAUUCUUAAAGGAUUGUGAGGCGCUGGAAGGGGCUGCCCAGGGAAGCAGUGGAGUCACCAUCCCUGGGGGUCUUUGAGUGAUGUUUAGAUGUAGUGCUUGGUGAUACGGUUUAGUGGAGGGCUUGUUAGCGUUGGGUCAGAGGUUGGACUAUGUAAACUGCUUUAAUUCUUUGACUGGAUGAUUUUGGAGCUCUCUUCCAACCCAGAUGACUGCGCCAGGCCCAGCUCCAGCCUCACCCACGGGGCCUUACCGCAGGCCUCAGCGCAAGGCCCCAACCUCCAGCCCGGCCCCCAGGCUUCACCCCCAUGCUCCCGGCUCCCCUCCCAACUCCAGCCCCAGGCUCCAGCCCCGUUUCCAGGCCCCAACCGGAGCCCAGGACCCGGCGCAGGCCGCUCCCCGGCCCAUCCCCGGGCCGAGCUCCGCCCUGUGCCGUCACUGAGCAGCGCCGCGGCCGCGGGCUGGGGGCCGCCAUGGCCUCGGGGGGCGCCGCCGCCUCCGCCACCGCCACCCGGGCCCCCGCCGAGGAGCCGCCGUCGGCCGAGCCCCCCGCCGAGCAGAAGCCGCCACCGCCUCCCCCUCCGCCGGUUCAGGAGGAAUUUUCCUUCCUGCCGCUCGUCCACGACAUCAUCAAAUGCAUGGACAAGGACAGCCAGGAUGUUCACCAGGUGCUGAAUGAACUCAAAAACAAGUUCCAGGAGAUGAGGAAGCUGAUCAGCUCCAUGCCCGGCAUCAGCGUCAGCCCAGAGCAGCAGCAGCAGCAGCUGCAGAGCCUGCGGGAGCAGGUCCGGACCAAAAACGAACUGCUGCAGAAGUACAAGAGCCUUUGCAUGUUUGAAAUCCCCAAGGAGUAGGAGGGGAGCAGCUCUGCUCGCGGGGUCAGGGAAACCUCUCCUGGCCGAACAGAGAGAAAAAGGUGUCAGAAGUUUACUUUUCUUUCUUACAUGCUUUUUUUUGUCACAUUGCUCUGCAGUCGUGUUUGUGGACCAUGGGCAUGUGACAAGCGAACCAGAACAGUUCUUGUGUGCCUCACAUACUGGUGAUUACAGCGGUGUCAGUCACGUUGAUCUGCUGUAGGACUGUGUGUAUUUAUAUAUGCAUCUCUGGUUUUUCUCUCUGUGUGUGUUUGUUUUCUUUUUUUUUUCAUUCAAGCAAGCAGGGGGCAUUGUGUUUUCUCCUCACUAAAGGUCAAAAUACCUGCUGGUUAAGUUCAAAAGGAAAAAGGGGGCAUUUUUUGCAUUUUUUUUUUCACUUCUGAAUGGACAAAAGCGGCCAAACAUCAAAAGGGAACAGAAGAGGGAAGCACAAGCUGUUUGGCCCCUGCUGCUGGAAAGGGUCUCUGGGACACUUGGCAGUAGUGUAUGUAUAAAAGGGGAAUGAUUGCUCUCAGUUUUGUAUGUCCUCUCUCUUUCUCUGUUUUUAAACAAGUGGUGGUUGUGUCUGAGAUGAGUCAAGUAAAGAUUUAGAAACUCCAAACUGC